AUGACUCGGCCAUUGAACUUUUGUCGCCGUGCACUCCGGCUCGGCUCAAGGCGGAUCCCGGGGUCCAGCGCGUCCAGCCGUCGUCUGUUCUCCGUCUCGGUCGCGGCCUCGGCCCAGGGGUCACUUCCGCUCGAGGGUUACCGCGUGCUAGACAUGACAAGAGUCCUUGCAGGACCGUACUGUACUCAGAUCCUGGGGGAUCUCGGAGCAGAGGUGAUCAAAAUAGAGCAUCCGAUCAGGGGCGAUGAUACCCGUGCUUGGGGGCCGCCGUAUGCCUCGUACAAGUCCAGUUCACUACAGGACGGCCCUGGCGAGUCGGCCUAUUUCCUCGGCGUCAACCGAAACAAGAAAUCUCUGGCUCUAUCUUUCCAGGACCCGGCUGGCAUCGAGAUUCUCCACAAACUGGCCGCCAAAUGCGAUAUCCUCGUCGAGAACUACAUUCCUGGCUCGCUCAAGAAGUACGCCCUCGAUUUUGAGACGAUCCACAAGAUCAGUCCGGCUCUCAUUUAUGCGUCCAUUACAGGGUACGGCCAGACGGGCCCGUACUCGCAGCGGGCCGGAUACGAUGUCAUGGUGGAGGCUGAGUUUGGCUUGAUGCACAUCACUGGCAGCAGAGAUGGGCCGCCGGUCAAGGUGGGCGUGGCAGUCACGGAUUUGACGACCGGUUUGUACACCAGCAACAGUAUCAUGGCCGCCUUGCUUGCGCGCGCCAAGACCGGCAAGGGCCAGCACAUUGACGCGGCUUUGAGCGACUGCCAGACGGUCACGCUGGCCAAUAUCGCCAGCAGCUGCCUCAUCAGUGGGGAGAAAGACAGUGGGCGGUGGGGGACAGCUCAUCCUUCCAUCGUUCCAUAUAGGUCCUUCAAGACCAAGGAUGGCGACAUCCUCUUUGGCGGCGGAAAUGAUCGUCUUUUCGGAAUUCUCUGCGACGGACUUGGCCGACCGGAAUGGAAGGAGGACCCAAAGUACAAGAUCAACGCAUCUCGAGUCGCCAACCGUGAUGAGCUCGAGGCUGAGAUUGAGGCGAUUACCGUGACCAGGACAACCCAAGACUGGCUGAACGUGUUUGAGGGCAAGGGGAUGCCGUAUGCGGCGGUCAACGAUGUUAUGGGGACACUGACGCAUGAGCAUACCAAGGCCAGGAACAUGGUGGUUUCGGUAGAGCAUGCGGACUGCGGGCCCAUUAAGAUGGUCAACACGCCCAUCAAGUUCUCGGAGAGCGAGCCCAAGAUCCGGAGCCCGCCACCAACCCUCGGUCAGCACACAGACGAGAUCCUGCGGGAGCACCUCGGGAUGGAUGAAGCUCGGAUUACCGAAUUGAGGAAGAAGGGUGUUAUUAGGUAG